ACUAGGCAGCGCAAAGGCUGCCGGGAUAUGUAGAGCUGGUGGUCGCCACAUUGGAGUAUAACUAUUGUUAUAAAUAGGGAUCGAGCCUGCUGCUGGCUGAUUUUACAUGUUUUCAAGGAAUUAUACUUGAGUAGCAUAAACAAAGUUCACCGAGGGGGUCAUGAAAGAAAUGUCAGCGUAAGUUGGGAGCAUACUGAAAAUGAGCAGAUCGGUCAUUUAUCUGUGUGGCUGCGUUUGUUGUGAAGGGAUACACAGCUAACCGAUUAGCUGGCGACUUUAGGCUCGAUUAAGGCCUGCAAGGUUUGCACAGAGCAUUCGGUCUUAUUUAGCAUUUAGUGUGUCACUAUCACAUAUGCAUUUUCAGACUGGCUAUCGCUUAAAGUCGGUUUGUAGCAUAAUGUUGUAUUUUGGGGGAAUUAAAGAGCAGCCUGUGGAUUGACAGUGAUUGCAGAGCUUCCGGUGAAGUCGGUAGAUUAGUUGCCUAUGUCCCGCUACAAGUUAUUUUUCUGUCAUACUGGCUUAAUCGGAAAUAAACCAUGUCCAACAACGAAAAUUUCUCUUUGUGUGUCUUUACCGAUGAGGAUUUGUGUUUGCAUUUGCGUGUUUUAGCGCGAGAAAUAAGUGACGAUCUUUCAUUAAAAUAGCUUUCCCAAGUAUGUAUAAAGUUAGUAGUCACAUUUUUAUAAUGGUCGGUGAGGUCGCAACUUUAUGUAUGCAUGUAUAAUAUAGUGUAGUUUUGCUGAAAUGUAUGUUUUCUAAAAAGGUAAUCGUUGGCCUGUCGUAGCUUGCGAACUGGCUGUCAUUUUUGUGUAUGUAAUAUUGUGACAACGUGCAUGCGAGCACGUUCAUUGGGAACAUACAUAAUUGCCGAAUGCUGAUAUGCAUUGUCAGAAAAUUGAUGUGUUUUAUAAUGUUUACAGAAAAAUGUUAAUGGGUUUGCGAUAAGAGGCUAUAUUUUGGUAGUUACGCGUGCGCGACAUUGCGUUGAUUGCUGAUAGGCGCAUCAGUCGUGCAGAUCCGCUUGUGUAGUUAUUCCCGCGUAUUAAGAAAAUGCAGCUUCAAAAGGGCGGUUAAAGAACCGGAACUUUGUUUAAAGAUGCACACCAGUGUCAAUGAAUAAUAAUUGUAAUUGUAACCCAGCACGCACGCCAAACAGUAGUAAAUGCGUGACGACCGGAAGUUUUUAUUUGCAUCCCGCCUCCGAAAAUGUGACUUCCGGUUGUUGGUCGUCUGCUUGCUUCUGACCCGCACACAGGUCCUGUCAUUCUUUAUUGUUCUAAUGUUUAGCAUGCUGGAUCGUAGUACGUGCGUUGGAGGCUCUACUGCGUCACAGACUUGUUGACAUCAGCACUAUCAUCUGUGGUUUUAGUAAAAGUAAUUAAAAGAAUGAAGUGUCAGUGUUCUUGCAUUUUUCUUGCGCUUUGCAGGACCAAUAACAGUAUGCUUGGCGGGCAGCAGCCUCAGAAACAUUAUGGCAUCACCUCUUCCAUCAGCCUGGCAUUACCCAGAGAGAUUGACCACAUGCACACCCAGAAGCUCAUAGAGGCUUUGAAACCCUUUGGGGUCUUUGAGGAUGAAGAUGAGCUGAACCACAGGUGUAACAGCACAAUAACAGCUUUGGGUUUCUUGUUGCUGCAUACCUGCUUUAGUGACGGUCCAGCUAGCAUACAGUAUGCUAUGCUAUUUUCCUGGAAAAAUCUUUACAUUUGACUCCUAUCGGCUGGGGGUGCAUACCAAAGGUACGGCAGAUUAAAUCUGCAUGCCUAAAUGUGUGCACCAACUACAACUUUUUUAUUGUCAAAGUUCUGUGGCACAUAUAUGGUACUGUAAGAUACUUGCGUAUUAUCUUCAGACUGUUCUGAUCUGGUGGUGGAGGUGUGAGCCCUCCGCCCCCAUCCGUAUGCACAGACAAAUGUCAUACGAGCAGAAGCGUCCACGUGUCUGAGCGUCCACAGCCUGAAUGCACAUGCGGAGAAGAGAAGUAUGGGCCUGAUGCGUGCCGUUUGUAUUUGCCCAGUGUUCUCUCAUAGUGCAUACUUUUUAUUUUAUUUUUGAUGAUCAUUUCUGUUAUGCAUGUUUGUAAUUCGUAUGUUUCCUCCAAGGUACAAAAGCUGACUCUUAGACCAUGAUGUUUUAGUCAGAGGUGUGGAUAGUUGUCAUAAUUACUCUGCCAUUCAUUUUCAUCUGUACGGAUGUAUCGCUACAUAUUUACGGAACAUCCAGAGGAGACAUUGGCUUGAUGUUUACAGUUUUCUUCAUUUUUUUUUUUGUAUAGCGCCUUUCAUAACAGAAUUUCCCCUUGGUGCUUUACAUGGGCAUGUUGGGGUACAUCUCUGCGUCAUUUAUACAGAAUAACUCAAAAACGAGGUGAAAAGGAAGACGAAGAAAUGCGACAACAAAGGAGAGCAACCAAAAAUUUCCAACUAGGAGGGGAAAAAAAACUGGGGUCUCUCCCUCCCCCCCCCCACAGACAGGCCAACAUUAUAGAAAAGAGCAGAUGUGCUUGCUAAAACCAAGGUGUAGACUGUAGUCAAGGUCCAUCUAUGAGUCAGUUCUCCAAGUCAGCCUACGAUGGGUGGCAGAUUGAAGUUUGCACCUACAAUGUUACAGUUAGUAACUCGCAUCCACAAUGUCACUCCUCCAUGGGACUGAACCAGGGCACCAGCUCAGAUGGUGCCCACCCCGGGCACCAUCCUGACAUGUGGGGAAAGAAGGCAGAGAGUAUGGGGGUCAGAACAUGCACAGACACAUUAAUGGACAAGCAUAGUAGAUAAAAAUGGCAUGUACUGCAGUACCAGCAGCCAUAGUUACAGUGUGUUAUGUGUUAAGUUGCGGGUAAGCUAAACUGAAGUAAUAGGUCUUCAGUCGAGAUUUAUGGACUGAGAUUGAUUUGGCAUUCCAUACAUGAGCUGGUGAACCAUUUCACAAUAAGGGGCCCUGUAUCAGAAUCCUUUAUAGGCAGCUGUUGCUGUAUUUGUAUGUGGAAUGGCAAGGAAACCUGCAUUCUAUGAUCUCAGUGGACGAUGUGGCUUGUAAACAUAAAGUAGUUCUGUCAGGUAGGCAGGUGCUAGUGCCUUUUAAGUAGGAGAACUCUGACGUCAGUCCUAUGCCUAACAGGAAGCCAGUGCAGGGAACUAAGAACAUGGGUUAUGUGUUCAAACUUCCUGCUCCUGCUGACAAUUCAAGCUGCUGCAUUUUGAAUAUGCUGCAAGGUGCAGUGAGUGGCUCCCAAUAACAGAGGAUUACAGUAGUCUAACCUACUGUAUACAAAAGCAUGUAUUAGUUUCUCAGUGUCUUGAAUAGGAUGGAAACGUCACAGUUUGGCAGGAUCACCUAGCAGUAGGGAGCACACCUUUGAUACUUCAUCCACAUGCCCUUUAAAUGAGAGGCUUGUACCUCAGGUGACACCUAAGUUAUGGGCCAAGCUGCUGAGGGGAAAGUUCAGCCCCUCAGAAUGGAGUGCAGAGAUGAUAGACUUCCUAUCUGUGGGCUUGCCUAAAAACAACAGAACCUGUUUUCUCUGCAUUUAGUGACAGAGUUUUCACUCAUGCAGGUCUUAAAUUUAUUAAAGCAAUUAGCUAAAGUGACAGUAGAUAUGGUGUCAUUAUGUGAAUUUGACAUCUAUAUUUUGGCGUCAUCGGCAAAGGAGUGAGAACAUAUUUUCUCAUUAUGUUACCUAAUGGCCGCAUGUAGAGAGAAAACAAAGGGCCAAGCACUGAGCCCUGUGGUACCCCAUAUUUGACUGGUGACAUUGACGAUUGAGCUAAAGCUUGUUUAAAUUUUUUGGCUAUAGGGAAUCCUGCCUGCAGUCAAAUGAGUAGCACACCGAUUCUUCAUUUCUUUCCGCCAAAACCAACCGCCGUACUGCUUCCAUGCAGAUUGCACUGGUAUUGGCGAGGCUGGCUCUCCAGUCUAUUCCAGACAGCCUGAACCUGUGCAGAGACUCCAACCUGAGGAACCUGGACAUUCCAUGCGUCCGCAGCUUAAACGGCUGCAGAGUCACAGAUGAAAUCCUACAUCUGGUGCCAAACACGGAGAACUUUCGCCUGACCCUGAGAGCCAUUAAGCUUUAGGCGAAACGCGAGUCAGAAGCCGUUGCCAGGCCGCACCAGGCCGACCCUGAUGCCGACACCUCUCGCGGAAUCAUGGCGGUGCUUUGUGGUCACUCUGUGUGCACAGGCCAUGGGAUCUAUUCCAGUACGCUGGGCUUCCUCGGUGGCGUGCCCUGGGCCGUGCUGGUGGCACAGACUUGCCAGCUGUAUCCCAAUGCCGUUGCCUCCACACUGGUACACAAGUUCUUCCUCGUCUUUUCCAAGUGGGAGUGGCCUAAUCCAGUGCUUCUGAAGCAGCCGGAAGAAAGCAACCUCAAACUUCCUGUCUGGGACCCACAGGUGAAUCCUGCAAAUAGGUACCACCUCAUGCCCAUCAUCACACCCACCUACCCGCAGCAGAACUCCACCUACAACGUCUCCACCUCCACGCGCACCAUCAUGACCGAGAAAUUCAAAACUGUGUACAGGCAGACAAACAACAUUGGCAUGCUGAAGGACGGGAUGAAGAUCAAAGCCACGCACGUGAAGAAGAGACAGCUCCACCAGUACUUGCCUCCAGAGCUUGUGCAGAAGAAGAAAAAGAGCAUUGCAGAGGCGAACCGCAUUUCCAGCGGGUCGAAACAUUCCCCGCUGGACGGGAGUGUGCUGGACAGCUCCCACGACACGGACUCCGGUACCCCUUUCUGCUCCCCGACUCCCGCCGUCCGGCCCAACAUACCUGCCUCUGAGUUGGACGGCAGCAUCUCGCCCCCCCCCCCCCCGCUGCUGGACAGUCCGCUGGUCAGUGAGGUGCCUCAGCCGAAAACUGAGCAAGGAACGUCCAUCCCUGUCAUCGGCUCCAAGCCUGUGGCCCCCCCUACUGGGAACACCAUACCCACAGUGGUAGGCAGGAGCGUGGUGACUCGUCCCGGCCAUCCCACUGCCGCCCAGGCUGACCCGCACAAUGGCGUCUGUGUGCUGUCUUCCAAUGGCCCCACGCUAAAACAACUGCACUCCCCCCCCCCUAGAGGAGUCCCCAAAGAAACUAAAGGAUGUGGAGAAGUUACUGUUUCCAGAAGGUUCUGCUUUUAAGGAGCCACUCCGGCCGCCGAGCAAAGGGCAGGACCAUGUCGAUGGGCAGGAAACCCUGGGUGGGACUAUAGCCAUGCCGAUCCCGACCAUUGACACGGCCCGAUCUCAUGUAGGUCCGGCUGGAAACGCGAACAGCUAAAAAUUGGACCUGUUUAAGAAACGUGGUUUCUAAGUGCUGAGCCCAGCACGCUCAGCUCGGCAGCACACAGAACAACCCUGUCUUUUGAAGUUCAUCCUCUCUUUUAGGUUCUUUUAUUCACAUUUUGCCUGUUUGUACAGGGUACUUUUUAUAUUCAUCAGAACCGUCGCCAUUUUCAGUUUCCUGGUUCUAGCCCCCCACCGCCCAAACACCCCACACAGGGCGGCCAGAUGACUGGCAUCCAUUCUGCGCAGUUUGUCAGGGAGCAGGGUAUCGGUAAAGAAUUCUUUUGUAGGGCAGUUUAAUUGUAUUUCAAAUGUAUUUUUGUAUGUCAUGUAUAAUAUUUCUGCCUUUAAAAUAUGACCAUAAAACAAGUAAACCCCCAAA